AGCUCUGGGGUUGUCCUGCGACGUUCCUGUCCUGAGUCUCACGACCAGGCGGAGGCCACCGCGACAUCUCUUCUGCCGAAAAGACUCAGCGUGCAGUGCUCCAACCAAAGCGUCUAAGAGGACCCGCCACCCGCGCCUCCAUCAUGCCCGACUUCUCCGGCAACUGGAAGAUCAUCCGAUCCGAAAACUUCGAGGAUUUGCUCAAAGUGCUGGGGGUGAAUGUGAUGCUGAGGAAGAUCGCCGUGGCUGCGGCGUCCAAGCCAGCUGUGGAGAUCAAACAGGAGGGAGAUACUUUCUACAUCAAAACCUCCACCACGGUGCGCACCACGGAGAUCAACUUCACGAUCGGAGAAGAGUUUGAGGAGCAGACUGUGGACGGGAGGCCCUGUAAGAGCCUGGUGAAGUGGGAGAGCGAGAACAAAAUGGUCUGCGAGCAGAGGCUUCUGAAGGGAGAGGGCCCCAAGACCUCCUGGACCAGGGAGCUGACCAAUGACGGGGAGCUGGUCCUGACCAUGACGGCGGAUGAUGUCGUGUGCACCAGGGUAUACGUCCGAGAGUGAGCAGCGGCGGUGGGUCCAAGAGCUAGCUGCUGCAGCGCCCCUGCCCAUGCGCCCGCUCUCCCAGGCUCCCUGCCCCUCCCCUUCCUUCUAGGCUAGCUCUCCCCUCACGCCCUCACUCCCCCUCACCCCCUCACUCCCCCUCACCCCCUCGCUCCCCCUCACUUCUGGGGACGCUGCAAUGCCUCCAGCCAGGCUCUGCCUUGGGGGGACCCCCCAUCUCCCCUCCCCCAACAAAGAGGGGUGGAUAGCAACCCCCACUUCCAGAAUCACUCCCCUCCCCAGCCAACAGCCCCGAACAAGCCCAGAGCACAGCCUCUGUUUCUGUGAGGGGACCUGAGGGCCCCAGUGGGAAAGAUGACCCUCUGGCUUCCGCUCUUUGUCCCUGUAGCCUACACAGUGUAGGAUAUUUAUUGGUUAAUUUUAUUAAAAUAUUUUAAAAA